ACAGACGUAAACAGCCGAACCAGCAUCGCGUAAAUAGCCGAGUCGGCCUUGAUCCGCUAUCACAGUACGCCUGCCUGUACCCCCAGAAGCCAUCUGUUUCAGGGCUCCUACAUUCCACGGCGACUCGGAUUUAAUCGAAAAGCAUGAGCUCUGAAAAGUCAGGAUACCCAGAUCAGCCUCCACCCGGAUAUGGCCAGCCCCAGCCGGGGUAUGGACAACCUCAACCCGGAUAUGGACAACCUCAACCCGGAUAUGGACAACCACAGCCCGGAUAUGGACAACCACAGCCCGGUUAUGGACAACCUCAGCCUGGAUACGGCUAUGCAACUACAGACAACGUCAACGUCGUGGUCGCCCAACCACAGACCAUGGUCGUUCAACCAGCAGUGCGUCCUCCAGACUACCUCAUCCUGUCCAUCGUGUCCUGCUUCUUCUGUUGGCCAAUGGCUAUCUGUGCCCUGAUGUACUCCAAUAACUCCCGCAACUCGGCCCACUCCGGUGACCUUGUAUCAGCCGAAACCCAAGGGCGAACAGCCAGGAAUAUCGCCAUCGCUGCCAUAGUAAUUGGCAUCAUCAUCGUGGUAGUGGCAAUCGUUGUCCGAGUAGUAUUGGUGUCUACAUACACGUCCAGCACGUACUACUAUGGAUAACACCGUACGGGAGUCGGACAGCGGACCACGAGGUUACUCUAAAUAAACUGUAAAUAAGAAAACGAUUUAUCGUUAGUAUAACUCAACUCGUCUGUAGUUGAUCGAAAAGUGUAGAAUCCCUACCAACCUGUAACAGACUUUCAUUCGUGCCAUCCCUCGGAAGUGUUGUAACCAUUGUGCAGGGGAGGUAACUUUACAAUACCAUGAAAAGUUAUCUGCCCCUGGUUAAGGUGUCUGUCUGAAAUAUCGCAUUAGAUCGGUUCAUGUUGUAAUUUUCAUGAAACACACCGACACGACUACAUUUCAUCGCGUUCUGUCGUCGAAGACGUCUCGUUGUCGACUGUUUAGAUGACGACAACAACAGGUCAACGUUCUUUCGUUGACAGUCAGUAAGGAGACAUUAUAUGUCCACUUCCAUCAGCUCCAUGUUGACAAUCUGAUUGUUGACCUGUUUGUGUCACAUUUGCAAUUGUUUACAUCUGACAUUCACACAAAUAAUAUAAUUUGAUUCUUACUGUUUUGAACAAUUUGUUAUAUCUACUUAAACAUGGUUAGAGGUAUCUGGUUAUAAAAAUAUAAUCCUUCGCGAUACUGUUUUCCUUACAACUUGGCUGCAUUCGAUGUCUUGCGUCAAGACUUAAACUGGUUCAAAGAUUAGUCUGCGGAAAAUGAGACGGAUCCUUGUGCCUUGUGAAUACAAAGCGAUGCAUAUGUUAAACAGAGCAGCUCUUGUGUGUCUUAUAGUCAUGUUUAUUUGUAAAACAUGACCGAAAAUAUGCAUAAUAGAUAUUUUUCCCCGUUUCUUUUGUCGUUUCUUUUAUACAUAAGCAUGACGAUGUUGCAGUUUGUAUUCAUACUUACAAUACUGUUUUACAUAAACUUUAUUAUUUGAAAUAACAUACCAUUAUUUUAGAGUAACAGAGUUUGAAAUGAUGGUGAAACGUGUAAAUAUACCUUUUUGUUUGCUGAUGUAAUCGUUCCUUUUAUAUGUGAGCAAAGCUCAUUUUUUUAAAGAAAAGGGUGAAUAACAGUCUUUUAGUUAAUAAUGAGUAUGGUUCAUUCAUAUUUCAACUUGACUAGCAUAUUUUCAUGAAAACGGUUUUCUACCUUUCGUUUAGAUCUUAUUCUUUGUUUAUCGUUUUCAUACAUUUAUUGUUAAAAGUAAUUAAACUGUUUUGUAUAAAC